GAAGCCCCUACAAACACUUAACCAAAAACCAUGAAAACCCUCCUCCUUCUCCUUCCUCUAUUUCUUGCUGCCACGGCCUCCGCGACCUCCAUGAAAGCCGUCGUUGGAGGUUGGACUCCAAUCAAGAACCUCUCCGACCCACACGUUAUCGACAUCGCGAACUUCGCCGUGUCAGAGUACAACAAGCAGGGUAACUCUAAGCUUGAGCUGAGCAAGGUGGUUAAGGGAGAGACUCAAGUUGUUGCUGGUGUAAAUUAUAAGCUGGAUAUACAGGCUAAGGCUGAUGAUAAUGGUGCGGUUGGGUAUUAUGAGGCUGUUGUGUGGGAGAAGGAGUGGGAGAAAUUUAGGCAGCUUACUUCCUUUAAGCCUAUAUACCAUAUUAAUUAAUUAGGUUGUUAUUUGUGUUGUGGGUUGAGUUGAAAUAUUAAUA